AAUAAAUAAUAAAAUAAAAUUUUUUGUUUUUUGGUUUUCCAACUCGAAUUCGACAUAGGCAAAAAUUUGAUUGGUCAGCUGAAAAGCUUUGGCUGGUGCAAGCGAUGACUGUGGCGGAGACUGAGGAGAACGGCCCAAGCAACAGCAGCAGGCACUGGGCUAACGCGCCACGGGCGGGGCUGCCGGCGGCACAGGAUCAGGAUCAGGAUCGGGAUCGGGAUCGGAGGCUGGAGCUCAAGAAAGCGCCGAAUGCCAGAUCCGAACCGGCUCAGGAACUGCGCUCUCCGUGUGCCGGCGGCCAGCCGAAGGUGUAUCCCACGCUGCGUCUGCGACUGCGACAGGGCGUGCCGGAGGCGGCUGAGACGGACAACGUCCCUAUGCUGGUGCAGGGCCCAAGGCAGGCGGGCGGCCGGUCGAGCAGCUCGACGAGUCGCCUGGCUCGCCAGGCGGUCACCCAGCCGCGACGCGUGUCCACGCCGCCAGCGUCGACGCGUCCUGUGGAGAUGAUGCCGCCGCCGUCGCUGUCGCCGUUAGCGUCAGCGUCAGCGUCAGCGUCGGCGUCGUUAUCGCUGCCCAUGCAGUCGCCGGAGCAUAGCUACAGCAACAGCCUUGGCGGCAGCGGCGGAGGCAGCGGCAGCAGCAGCGGCAGCUACUGGCUAGAAACGCAACACUUUAACGUAGCCGGCGGACAGGUGAGCCGCCCGCUGUCACUGCCGCUGGCGCUGCCGCUGCCGCUGGAGAGCGCUGGCGCGGCAGAGCGUCGCCUGACCUUUGACCAGUGGCUGCAGUCCAAAAACGAAAAUGACAGGAAACAGGAGGUGCUGCGUCGCCGCCAGAGUCGACGCGAGGCGCAUCGACUGCACAGCCUGAAGCAGAUGCGCAAACAGAUGUCCGAGAAGUGCUAUGAGGAUUGGCUGCACGCCAAGCGGCGGGUGCACUGCAGCGCCCGGCUGCCCGGCGCAUUGGCCGAGGUGCAGCGCAAGCGGCGCGAAGAGUCACAGCUGUGCCUGGCCCAGUGGCAGCUGCGCAAGCGGCAGGAGCAGGAGCAGAGGCGCGAGGAGCAGCUGCGCGCCGAGCAGGAGCAGCGCGUCCAUGAACAGCUGCGCCGUCAGCUAUCGCAGCUCGCCUGGGAGCGCUGGCUCGCCCAGCUGGCGGCCAAGAACCAAAGCAAUCCCGGCCUGCAGACCGAGCGCCAGUGGCAGCAGCAGCAGCAUCACCUCCAGCAGCAACAACAAUUCCAGCAGCAACAACAACACCUGCAGCAGCACCUGCAGCAGCAGCAGCAUCCGUUGUCGCGGCUGAGCAAAUUGACGGCGGCCGCGGCGCCCAGGCAACGCAUACGCCUGCGCCCGCCGCCGUCGAGCGCCAGGCAACAGCAGCAGCAGCAGCUGGAUCAGCGCAAGCUGCAGGAGCAGGUCGCCUCCUUGUAUCUGCAUGUCCCUCUGUCGGCGGCGCAGCGUGCUCUGCGCCGACGUCUCGAUGCCAUCGAUGCGGUGCACUUGCAGCGGCGGCGCAGAUGAUGCUAGCUGCAAAGCUUUUGCUUAAUCGAAAAGCUUUGCCCCGCCCACAGAAUACGUCCGUUCUCCCGUUUGUCCACCUGUUGACCACCAUGUUGAACAGUUAAGCCAGCCAGCCUUAAGGACCAUGAAUACUUCACAAAUUAUACAAAGACAAU